CAGCAGCCAAGAUGGUGGCCAAGCAGCGGAUCCGGAUGGCCAACGAGAAGCACAGCAAGAACAUCACGCAGCGCGGGAACGUCGCCAAGACCUCGAGGAACGCGCCCGAGGAGAAGGCGUCGGUGGGGCCGUGGCUCCUGGCCCUCUUCAUCUUCGUGGUGUGCGGGUCAGCUAUUUUUCAGAUUAUUCAGAGUAUCAGGAUGGGCAUGUGAAGAAGCUGAUCUUUAAACAAGACUUUUCUCCUGUGAACUAUGAACUUUCAUUCCAGAUGUUUGAUAACUUGGAAUUUAAAUUUGCUGUCGUCUUGCUUAUGAAGAACUUUUCAUAUUGACCACAUGUCAUUCCAGGUUCCUUCACAAGUCAUUCCAGGUUUUCUAGUCCAUGCCACAGUGCCUUGAAGAAGCAUCACAUGUAUAAAGCAAUAAAGAGUUAUUGUUAA